AUGGAAAUUCAAGAUUUCCGCAAUAUCUCAUCACAGGAUCCAGAAAUUGUUAAGGCAACUGGUGAGAAAUUGAUGGAACUAUGCCAAAAUCCCGAAUUUCUACAUUUUUUAGUCCAAACACUUCAUAAAGAGGAAGUUUUAUCAGAUAAAAAUCUUCUCAGAAACGUUUUAAUUGCAUUCAAGCGAUUUGCAGCAGUAAAUUGGAAAGCACUAUUCGAUGCCCUAUCAGAUGACUCCUCAAAAGAAACAAUUAUAAGCUUGUUAUUUAUGUUACCACCAGACCAGCGUAGUACUAUCCAGGAUUGCUUUGUACAGGCAGCAAUUAACAAAGAGGAAGAAUUUUUACCCGUUUUCGAAGCAAUUUUUGGUUUAAUCAAUGAUAAAACUCCACUUGCCGAUAUUUACACUGUUUUAUCCAUGUGUGCACAGUUUAUUACAGCGCCAGCCGCCAUUUCUUUUGGAGUUCAAAUUUCUGAAAGUUUGAAUUCUUUAAUUGAAGCUGCAGGAGAACUAGUUGGCUCUGAUGAGAACGCAUUUUUGAUCAUUGCAGCAACCGCCAAUAUACAAAAAGUACUAGUUCAAAGAAAAUCUUUAUCAAUUGACCAAUCUUUCAUGAAAUCGCUUGAAAUCUACAUACAAGGCCUUAAGUUAGAAGGCUCAAACGCAAAUCAGACCAAAAUGAAAGAAUCAAUACUUGACUUUUUCGUAUAUUUAAUUCAAUUCGUUUACGAAGGCACAACAGACAGCGAUGAGAAGGAAAUUGAUAUUAACAAGGCCGAACUCGUUCAAUUAUUCAAUAACGAUGUCAUGCCAGCACUUUUUGAAGGAGUUAUUGCAACAACGCAUUCUCUUCAAUCAACGAAGAUGAUUGACGGUAUUAUAUCGAUUAUAUACUAUCUUGUAUACUUUAACCUCUUUAUUGAUGAUCUUGUAACAGAAGAAAUCUUCAAUAAUUUUAUUAUUCCAGCAGCUAAGCUUACAACAGAAGAUUACAACGACUUCAAUGUCAAUCCGAGUGUAUACAUAUCCCAGUGCUUCACAGAUGACUCAGAUCUUGAGAUGACCGCUAGAAUUGCCGCAUCAAAAUUUACAUAUCAUGUUACAGAGAAUUAUCUUGCACAUUUCGAUCCAAUUGAGAUUCUUUCCAACAUAGAGAUCCCAGAAAGUAAAGCAGAACUCAGUUUUUACUUUGAUCUCGAAUCUAGAAUUUAUUUAAUGUGUUCAUACGCAAAAAUAGCACCAAUAGAUGCUGAAUUAUUCGAAAAGAUCUUCAAUAUAUUAACAAUUGAGAUCGAACCUUUCGUUACCGCCACAAUUCUCAGAUUUAUUAGUAUUGUUCAGCCAAAAGAGGACAUUAUCAUUGCCUCCAUCACUGCCGGACAAGUACUUCAGACAGCAGACAAUAUCAUUGUUGCUCAUGCCGCUGUUAACCUUCUGAACGAAGUUUUCAACGAAGUUGGCAAAGAUCUCGACGCAUACAAAGAAUUCAUUGAUGCUCCAUUCGAAGAACUCUUCCCCAAGGUCACAGAGCUCCUUGACGAACUGAAGCUCCCUGUCGAAACAACAGUUCUUUCCAAACUCUUCAGAAUCGGAGGCACAAAAGCCCACGAAGAGUCGGUAAACAUCAUAAACGGUUUGGUCGACCACUGGUGUAAAUUGGCCGAAGAAAACAACGAUGCAAAUGAACUAACAAUGGAAGAAGACAUUGACGCAAUUGCAUCCACGAUUGACUGUAUUCCUGUAGAAACAAAUAUCCAAUUCCAUAUACAGGAAGACUUAUUAAACAAGCUCAAAGAAGAUAUAACACAAUAUCCUCAAUCAGCUGGAAUAAGUCAACAUGUAAAAGUUGCAGCGGUUUUAGCGAUAAAAUUAUGUGUUGUUACACCAAGUUUAGCUGAUUUCGUAAUGACAUUGUUGGCACAGAUGAACAACUCUUUCAUCAACAUUGAUAUCGAUGAAUAUUUCGCGAUGUUGAUUUCCUCAAUUUUGUUGAACAAAGAAACAAAUUUGACAACAAAUAAUGAUUUUGUCACUUCACUUGGCCAAAAAUUACAAGGAAUUUUGAGUCCAAUAGAAAAGAGGGAAGAAAACGAACAAGAAGAAUAUAACUCAGCAUCAAACAUUGUACCUGCAUUGUUCAUUGCCGCUUGUGGUUGUUAUGCUGGUAUUGAUAGUUUUUACCAGUUUAUUGACAACGCAUUAAAUAUUUUACAUUUCGGAAUGACAAAUAACGGUUUUGACAAUGAAGAAAUGAAGUUAUUGACAUGGGCCUCUUUCUAUUUAUUCACAGGAAGUUUAAUUAACAAUGAGAGCAUGGCAAUCCAGAAGUUAAUGAAUGAUGAUGUCGUUGAAAUGUUGUGUAAAUUGUAUAAAUCACACUUUAGAGAUGUUUGCUACAGAGAUUUGAAAUGCGGAUUCAUAACUCUCACGUAUCUCGCUAAGAAUAAUGCAAAGAACGCUUUCGAUGUUGCAGGAUCAUUGUCUUCUGAGUUGUUUGAUAGAAUGAGAGAUGAUACAGAAUGGAUGCAAAAUAAUGUAGAUAAAGGAAUCAAAGAUUUGCAAAUUAAUGAAAUAAUUCAACAUUAUAAUGACUUGCAACUGCAGGCAAUUAUACCUGCUAUCAAGUUCCCUGUUUCUGAAAAUGAGUUCAAUGAAUUCGCUUUCUAUCAAUCUGUUUCAAAUGCACAACCUUUAUAG